AUGACCAACCUCAAGACUUUGCUAACGGCAACGUUCCUGGCCACUGGAGGUUUCCUCUUCGGUUAUGAUAGUGGUAUCAUCACCUCAACAAUCGGUCAAACCCAAUUUAUAAAAUACUUCUCCAACCCCAGCGACACAGUCACCGGCGGAAUCGUCUCAGCCUUCCAAGGCGGCGCCAUCCUAGGCACAAUCAUCAACAUCUUCACUGGUGACAGACUCGGCCGAAAAUGGUCUGUCUUUACUGGUGCUUGUAUUUCCUGCUUUGGAUGUGCCUUGCAGGCUGGCGCUGUUAACAUGACCAUGCUCAUUAUUGGUCGCUUUAUUGCUGGUACCGCUGUUGGUAUGCUCACUUCGGUUAUUCCUAUGUAUGCUGGUGAGAUUGCCGAGUCGUCGUCUCGUGGCAUGAUGUCUGGAUUAUUGCAGUGGAUGUUAAGUUGGGGUUUCCUUGUUGCCCAGUGGUUGGGCUAUGGGUGUUCGUUUAACGAGACUCAGUUCCAGUGGCGCUUCCCUCUUGCUUUCCAAUGUGUCCCAGGUCUUGCCCUUAUUAGCGGAGUCUUAUUCCUCAACGAAUCCCCCCGCUGGCUGAUGGAAAAAGAUCGCCACGAAGAAGCCCUCGCGGCCCUCCAAAAUCUGCACGGCGACGGAACCCCCGAGAAAGCUGAAUAUAUCGAACUGGAAUUCCAAGAAAUCCGCGAAACAAUUGCAGCAGAGCGCGCCCAGACAAAAGUCUCCUGGACAACCAUUCUCCGCAAGCCCUCAUGGCGCCGCCGUCUCAUCCUGGGCUGUGCCGUGCAAGCCUUCGGUCCUCUAUCCGGUAUCAACGUGAUCAACUACUACGGCACGCGUAUUUACUCUUCCCUCGGAAUUGACACCCAGACUUCCCUUAUGAUCAUCGGUAUUAGCGGGGCCCUCUCAAUCGUCUACUGCACCGGCGGUCUCUGGGCUCUUGAGCGCGUCGGCCGUAUCAAGCCACUCAUCUUCUCUGCAGCUGGUAUGGCCGCCGCACUCGUCUGUAAUGCGGCCAUGUCGCAGCAUUUCAAUGAAGAUAACACGAACCAGCUGCGCGCUAUGGUGGCCAUGAACUUCGUUUUCAGUUUCUUCUAUACCUUCGUUGGUAUCAUUUCUUGGGUUUACCCUGCUGAGAUUUUCCCAGUCGACGUUCGUAACCAGGGUAAUUCUAUUACCACUUUCACGAACUGGACUAUUAAUUUGGUCUUUGCACAGUUCUCGCCUAAUGCCCUGUCUACUAUUGGAUUCCGUUAUUUCUAUGUCUUCUUUGUGUUUAAUUUGGUUGCUAUGCUGUCAUAUAUCUUCUUCUUCCCGGAGACUAAGGGUAAGACACUUGAGCAGAUGGAUAUCUUGUUUGGAGAUGAGGCGCCUGCUGGUCUUGAAAAUGAGAAGGAGACUGUUGAGGUUGUGGAACAUUCUAGUAAGUGA